AGAGAAGAGGGAUACUGAAAGAGGAAAAGAAACAAAGAGAACAGAGAUGCGAAUGAAGCGAUGUAGAAAAUUAUAUAUUUUGCGAGGAGUCUGGGUGACGUCACGAGGUACGGUUUAUUUAUAAAACUACCGACGACUGACGAGACGUUCGCACUUUGAGUCUACAGUCUACUCGUAUGUACUUUGCACGUCACAUAUAAAUCAUCGGAGGCCGACGACGUUUCAAUCUUCUUGCCGUUACAUUCGUCUUCACAGGGGGAACCACGUAUCUAAACGUAGGGGUAGAAUAAGAGGCAAACAUGAGUUUGCAGUGGACGCUCAUAGCUGGUUUCCUCUAUAUUGAGGUUGCGAUCGUCCUCCUCCUGGUGCUUCCGGUAGCCUCGCCGACUAGAUGGCAAAAGUUCUUCAAGUCUCGCUUUUUGCAAAGCUUAAAUAAUCAGGCUUCUAUUUAUUUUGUGGUCUUGCUGGGUGUUCUGGUUCUCUUUCUGCUGGACGCCAUACGAGAAAUGCGGAAAUACUCCACGAGCUUAGAUCACACAGACCAUCAUCAUCAGUUAAAUGUUGAAAUGCAAGGUAGAUUAUACAACAUUAAUACGAAUUUCUACAUAUCCGGUUUUGCGCUAUUUCUGAGCUUAGUGAUACGUCGUCUUGUCAUCCUGAUAUCUACUCAAGCUUCUUUACUCGCCCAAAACGAGGCAGCCAUGCGGCAGGCUCAGUCGGCGACGACCACAGCCAGGAGCUUGUUGUCCCAGAGAACAAUUGGGGAAAGUGCGCAGAAUGAUUCCAACGAGGCACAUGACAAAGCUGUCUCGGAAUUGAAAACUCAAAUUAAAGAGUUGCAAGCGAAGAAUCAGGAGCUCGAGAGUAAUUUGACUAAAGAAAAGAAGGAUAAAGAAGCAAUAAAAUCGCAGGCGGAAUCACUCACGAAGGAAUACGAUCGUUUGACUAAGGAAUAUACGAAACUUACGCAAUCGAAUGGCGAUAAGAAAACCGAUUAAAUAAUUAAGAUUUACUCGUUUUUCUUUUUCUUCGUUUUUUUAAACAAUCAUUUGCUCGUGAAUACUAAAAUUUUGUUAUGUUAUAUUAUAAUUUGUAUUACGAAUUUAAACAAGAAUCACACUCACUUGAUAUUAAAACACAUUUAUAUAUACUUUCGUUAAGAAGUACGCAAAUAUUAUUAAUUAUUGUGUGGUGGUGUAAUGUGCCUCGGAAUAUAUUGUACAUCCUCUUUCCAAUUUUGUGCACUGCUUGUGCACAAGGCUUACAACCCUCUUAAUUCUUAAUAUAUUACCGUUUAAUUUUUUAGAGAUAAUUGAUAAUGUAAUUCUAAGAAUUUCAUAAAUUAAAGUUUUCGUUAUAGUUGCUUUGUAUUUCUUUUUGGAGGAGUGGUAUAAAUUUGAGUCUGUUCUUUUUGGCUGAAUUUGCAUAGUUUAUCUUUUCUUUUUUCUUCUCAUACGUAAAAGAAAAAAAAAAGAUGAAAUAUGAGAUAAGAAGUUCAGCUAAAAAGAACAGGUCUCUUGAUGGCAUAUGUGUCAUCAUCAGAUAUCAUUUUAUACUGCACGAAAAUAAUUGAUUACUGCAC